AUGAUCAUCACCUUCCACUCUCACGGAUCACACCACCUCUCCACCUCACGUCACCACCUUCCACUCCUCACGUCACCACCUUCCACUCUCCACGUCACCACCUUCCGCACUCUCACGAUCACCACCUUCCACUCUCACGAUCACCACCUUCCACCUCUCACAUCACCACCUUCCAUUCUCAUGAUCACCACCUUCCACAUCCUCACGUCACCACCUUCCAUUCUCAUGAUCACCACCUCCUCACUCUCACAUCCUUUCCACCUUUCCACCUCCACGAUCACGUCACCACCUUCCUCAUGUCACCACCUUCCACGCUCACAUCACUCACCUUCCACUCCACGUCACGUCACCACCUUCCACUUCUCACGAUCACCACCUUCCACGCUCACGUCACCACCUUCCACAUCUCAUGAUCACCACCUUCCACUUCACGUCACCACCUUCCACGCCUUCAUGAUCACCACUUCCACUCUCGCCACGUCACCACCUUCCACUCUCAUGAUCACCACCUUCCACCUCACGUCACCACCUUCCACCUCUUUCACGUCACCACCUUCCACUCUCAUGAUCACCACCUUCCACUGUCACGUCACCACCUUCCACCUCCAUGAUCACCACCCUCCACCUCACGUCACCACCUUCUCCUCCACGUCUCACCACCUUCCACUCACACGUCACCACCUUCCAUCCUCACGAUCACCAUCUCACUCUCACGUCACCACCUUCCAUGUCACCACUCAUCCUCUCCUUCACUCCUUCCUCCUUCCACGAUCACCACCUUCCACUCUCAUGAUCACCACCUUCCACCUCACAUCACCACCUUCACCCUCACAUCACCACCUUCCCCUCGUCACCGGCCUUCCCUCCAUGAUCACCACAUCCUUCCAUCUCCUCAUGACCACCUCCUUCCCUCUCCAUGAUCCACCACCUUCCAUCUAA